AUGGUACAACUCGUUGAGGUUGAGGACGAGCACUUCACCCAGCCCCAACCGGGCCCAGAGGAGGAUGAUGAUGAGUACACUGACACUGACUCUGAGAUCUCCACCGAGUCCAACUUUGAUCCCUCGGAAGAGACACUCGCCGACCGCUUGCACGCCCUGCGCGAUAUGGUGCCACCCGCCUACCGCGGCUGGAUCUACCACAAGUAUGAGCAGACAACAUCAGCAGUGCGUAAGGCGUUGUCCUUUGCUGGCCGCGCCGCCUGGACUGUGUCUGUCACGGCUCUGCUCGUCGGCGUGCCUUUCUCGCUCGCCUAUGGCGAGGAUCAGCAGUAUGCUGCUAUGGAGCAGGAGCAGCGUAUGCGUGAACUGGGCGGUGAGGUGCUCACUGCCGGUGCUCCCGGCAGCCAGGGCGGUGGUUUGACAGCUGAGCAGGUGAAUGCUGCGCUGGGGAGGAGCGAGGCAAAGCCUGCUCUCUAA